AUGGACAACGCUGGCUGGCACGCUCAUCGACGCGCAGACAAGGAGGCGCGUCACGCGGCCGAAAGAGCCGACUUCGGCGGCAGGUACGACCCGGUCGAAGAGGUUGUCCAGCCCAUUCCAGACAGGGCUAACUACGCCGCGGACUACUAUGCCCCGCAAUACGCAAGGCGCGAUGCGUCUCAAGCCUCGGCAGCCACAGAUCACUCUGGGUUGAAUCUCGCAGAACUAAGCACGCUCUCUGCCGUUCAGCGCUCCAAAGCACAAUGUAUUCGCCAAAUGCAUCCCCGUCUCCAGUUUAUGGCUGGCCCCCUGUUGCGCUAUGACACGGUAGACGCGAAUUAUGUCUGGCACGGUGCCGCUAUGAUCGUCACCUCGGACGCGGGGUCGGAUUACGAGCCACAUCCUACGCUCACCUACCAAGCUACCCCUGUCGUGCCUUCGCCAAACCCAAACACGCACUUUGCUCACGUCCAGGCCGUCAGCUAUGCCCCUCACCCCGCCGAUCCCCACGCUACCUCCCAGCCAGUCUCCUACGGACGAGCCAGUAUUGAUGAGUUCAAUGGGAAUGGAGUCCAGUCUAAUGGGCAUGGUCAGUAUCCCAGCCCCAGUAGUAUUCCACCCCAAAGUGCGGUUGGCCAGGAGAUUUAUGUUUACACUGGAGACGGCGGCACGUACACGUUCUGGCGGUUCAUGAUCCAAGUUCAGCUGGGGCCCAACGAGAUGCAAGUAAGGUAUUCGGUGAAUAAUGGCAUUGAGCUCUCGUUUUUUGUCCCUGCUUGGGAUCAGAGCAUGCGAUGGGCAGCUCAUUCUUGCAAUGGCUUCAGUGCAGGUGUGAACACUGACGAAUUCCGAGGACCUGGGUUUAAAAGUGGAUACGACCCGAUGUGGGUUGACCUACUGCAGAAGCAUGUCGAGGAGCCGUUCCAUGCCAUGGUAGGAGGCGGUGACCAGCUUUACUGUGACGCGCUCAUGCGAGAGCCCGAGCUGCAGCACUGGGUCAAGAUCAGCAAGUUGGACGAGAAGAUGUCUUACCGCCUUACCGGCGAGGUAGCAGCGUGCAUAGAUCGGUUCUACUUCAACCACUAUUGCACAAGUUUCCGUCGAGGAGCAUUCGCGCGAGCAAACAGCUCAAUACCGAUGUUGAAUAUGUGCGAUGACCACGACAUCGUGAGUAUUGAUGGCUUCGGCAGCUAUCCUGACAAUCUCCAGCGGUCCCCUAUGUUCACUGCUAUCGGCUCCCGCGGAUACUUCUUUUUCCUCCUAUUCCAAUGCUUCAUCAACCCGCAAAUCGACGGCAUCGAAGACCAGAAGCAUCCGUUCAAGUCGAUGGUCAUCGGAUCCAUGGGGCCCUACGUGGGUCAGCCAUCUCAUUCGAUUCUGACGUAUCUCGGUCCGCGAGUACGCAUACUUCUGCUUGACUGUCGUGCGGAGAGACGUCGAGAACAAGUGUGCAGUCAAGCGCAGUAUCGCAGGGUGUUUGAGGCUCUCUCUAGGCUGCCAGCUGGGGUAGAGCACCUUGUGGUUCAAAUUGGUAUUCCCAUCGCGUACCCCCGUAUGGUCUUCUUGGAGAACUUUUUAGAGUCGAAACUUAACCCGCUCACGGCACUGGGGCGCUCUGGCGUUAUGGGUCUCGGUGGUUUCGUGAACAAGUUCAAUGGGCAGGCUGAAUUGCUGGAUGACCUGAGCGACCACUGGACUGCCAAAUCUCACAAGUCAGAGCGCAACUGGUUCGUUCACCAGCUGCAGCGCUAUGCCCACACAAGGCGGACCCGUGUAACGUUCCUCUCCGGAGACGUGCACUGUGCAGCUGUGGGGGUAUUCAGAACGCUCGUGCCGAAGGCAGGGAAAAACAAGAGUGAAGGCUUGCCGCCUGCGAUGGAUCACAGAUACAUGCUCAACAUUGUCACUAGCGCUAUCGUUAACACGCCACCGCCUGAUGGCGUGCUGACGAUGGUCUCGUCACUUGCAUCGAAAACACACAGAACGAUGCACGAGGUGGAGACGGACGAGGGCAUGGUUCCUCUUUUUGAGAACGACACAGACGGGAGCCCGCGGAAGCACAAGUACGUGAUGGGUCGCCGGAACUGGUGCUCCACGCACUGGGACAACCAGACGGGCGAACUUGUCUUUGACAUUCGCGUGGAGAAAGAAAAGGGCCUCGGUAUCAGCGUCGGUUAUGCUGUCAAAGCGGCGCCUCCUCAGUGGAACCCUGCGCCGGUUCAGUAGCAGAGUACAAAGAAAAGGCGUUCAUGUCACCACUUCAUGCUUUCUCAGUUCCAAUCUCGCUCGUUUUUGCUCUAUCUACGCUGAUACCCAUCAUUCAUUCGCUAACCCAGAAUACCCUCUCAACUAUAAUCUAGAAAAUGUAACUACUCUUGAGUACAGGUAAUCCUAUCCUAUCUACAACAUCAUAGCAGCUCUUCGAGAUCCAUAUCUAUGUCAGGCAUACGUGUCCGUGGCGAAUGAUGCGAUUUCGGUCUGCCCAAACCAGGGUCGUCGAUGUGGGUUUCAAAAUCGGUGUCUCCGUCUCCCUCUGUGUAAGGUCCUACCUCGCCAGCCUCAGAACUGUACCCGCCGACGGCAUCUUGGAACAUGGCAUUGACGUCAGAGUCCACCGUCGGAGCGGGCGAGUGAGUCGCACUCGGCAGAUCAUGCGUGAGCGACACAGAAGACGAUGGCCCGAACCGAUCGUCGGCAGCCACUAGCGAUGCUGCUCGGCUGGCCGAGGCUCUUUGCUCCUCCUGCUCGGCGAGCUUGGCACGCUUGCGCGCCUCGGCCUGCAUCUUGCGCUUUUCGCGCUGAGCCUGUUUCUGUGCUUCUGCCUUUGCGCGCUGCUCUUCUUCGGCCGCGCUUGCCUUGGCCACAGCAGCUGCCUCUGCUUCCUCCUUGUCGUCGAGCACCCAUUGCUCCUUCAUGAAAUCGGGAUAACGCUCGCAUAUCGGCCGCCAGGUGCGCUGCGCCGCCGGCUUCUUGUCCUCUUCGUCGUCCUCCCCGGCCAAAAUCGCCUCCACGUCGUCGGGCGGUGGAAAUUGGAAGUCGGGCCCAGGGUUGAUACGCACGCGCGCGUGGUU